AUGCCGCAGCCUCGAGACGCUAUGGUGCUCGACUCAGUGCGCGACGAGGGGCUCCAAGCCGUGGCUAUGUACUGCAAGAAGCUCCAGGUUCUCCGUGUGCUCCCAUUGGACGCGCACGAGGACGCCGACGAGCUGGUGUCGGAGGUCGGGCUCACCGCCAUCUCGGAGGGCUGCCGUGACCUUCGCUCCAUCCUCUACUUCUGCCAGAGGAUGACCAACGCCGCCGUCAUCACCAUGUCGCAGAACUGCCCCGAGAUGAAGGUGUUCCGGCUAUGCAUAAUGGGGAGGCACCGGCCCGACCACGUGACGGGGGAGCCGAUGGACGAGGGGUUCGGCGCCAUUGUCCGCAACUGCAGCAAGCUCACCAGGCUCUCCACGUCCGGGCACCUGACGGACCGAGCAUUCGAGUACAUCGGCAACUACGGCAGCUCCCUGCGGACGCUCUCCGUGGCGUUCGCCGGGGACAGCGAUCUGGCGCUGCAGCACAUCCUCCAGGGCUGCUCCAAGCUGGAGAAGCUGGAGAUAAGGGACUGCCCGUUCGGCGACGCCGGCCUGCUCUCCGGUAUGCACCAUUUCUACAACAUGCGGUUCGUCUGGAUGUCGGGCUGCAGCCUGACGCUGCAAGGCUGCGAGGAGGUGGCCCGGCAGCUCCCACGGAUGGUGGUGGAGCUGAUAAACAGCCAGCCUGAGAUGGAGAAGACAGACGGCGUCGACAUCCUAUACAUGUAUCGGUCGCUGGAGGGGCCAAGGGAGGAUGUUCCACCAUUUGUGAAGAUCCUGUGA